AUGUCUGUACGAGAUACGCGUAAACUUACUUCUAUAUUACGAUCGAUUCAACAUGUAACAUUAGAUAAAGUAAAUAGAAUUCAUGCUGAAUUUACAAUAUCCAAUAAUGAUAUUGAUCAUUUACACGCAACUCCUAUUGAUGAUUCAAAUACGCAUUUACAAAUAUUUUUUCAACAUCUUGAACAAUUGUUACAAAUCGAUUUAAAAAAUACAAGAUCAUUGCUAAAUAAUAAACGAAACUAUUGGAAUUUUUUUGUUCUUGCACUUAAAGAAAGUAAAGGUUUAUAUGAUACAGUAUUAUAUGUUCUUAAUACACAAGAUGUAAAAACUUCUGUGGGUCGUGGUCGUUUAUUUCUUCGUUUUUGUUUACAAAAUCAUCGUUUGGGUGAUGUUAUACAACAAAGUUUUAUGAUGACUAAACUUGUAAGUCAAUUUUAUAAUGAUGAAUGCUUUUGGACCAAACCAGACUAUAUGAAUCGUAUCAUUCAAGCAUUAUAUCAAUUAAAUGAUGUUCAAUUUGAUCUUCUUUCAAUUUUACAUUAUCAGCUUGAUGUUUGUUGGCCUAUAGCAGAAUCAAUUGAUUAUCGUCAAAAACUUUUGCCUGAUUCUUUAUCACGAUUACGUACAAAUAGUAUAUCUAGUUUCUUAUCUAUGGAUAGUCUGCCUUCACAAAUGAUGAUUUCAUCCUCUCCGAUGACUCCAUCAUCAUUUCAAAACCUUGAAUUAUCAAUAACUGAUGAUAGUUCAGCUCAUUCAAUUUCAUCUGUUGAUGAAUAUCCAGAAAAUGCUUUAAAUUAUUGGAAAGAACGUUGUCAACAAUUAGAACUUGAAUUACAGUCAAAGCACGAUAAGAUACUAUUAAAUAAUGUUGAAACUCAAUGUUCAAUAGACAAACAUGAUCAAAUUACUCAAACAAUAGAUGAUAAUAAAUUAAUAGAUGAAAGUAUACUGAAAAAUGAAACGGAAAAAUUAAAAUCUCAAAAAGAUGUUUUACAAGAUGAAAUCAAUAAUCUUAAUUUUCAACUUUCGACUUUUCUAAUUCAACGCACAACAACAGAAAAUAAAUUUAAAGACUAUGAACGCGAAACAGCUAAAUAUCAAGCUUUACUAGAAACGAAAGCUGCGGUUUUCAAUGAGUUACAACGUAAAUUCGAUGAACAAACCAACUAUCUGAAAUCAAUUCAAGAACAACGUUCGAAUCAUUCAAUUGAACAAGACAAACGAAUUGAACAUUUGACAAAUGAACUUGAAAAAACAACAAAAUUAUUUGAAAAUGAACGAAUGCUAUUUGAAAAAGAACGAAUGGAACUGAUUAAAACUCAAGAACAACUUGAAGCUUCGAUAAACGAAAAAACACUUGAUUUCGAAGAAAUGAAACGAAGAUUAAUUAAAGCUGUUCGUGAAAAAGCUGAUUUAUUUAAUUCAAUCUAUUCAUAUGAAAUUAAGCUGGAAGAAGAACAAUCGAAACAAUGGGUGCAUGAAGACGAUGUUCUGAAAUGUACAAAAUGUGAAACACUAUUUGGAUGGACUUUGAGGAAAUAUCGUUGUCGUCAUUGUCACAAGAUAUUUUGUUAUUAUUGUUCAAAUCAUUGGUAUCAAGGUUCAACACCAAACUCUCAACAUCGUCUAUGUGAUUUGUGUCAUGAAAAAGCUGUCAAAGAAUCUCUAAUGUCAAAUUAUACAGUUCUUGAUGAUCAUGAUAAUGAAACCAAAACUGAUAUUAAUCUCAAAUUUGAAGUACGAUCUGAACGGUUAACCCUACCAACUGACAAUCAAUCAUCAUCAGAGCAAUAA